CCGGGUUUCUGGGAACCGGUUUGGCUGCUGUGUCAUUUUGUACCAGCUCCUCCUUUCCCCGCUGCCCGCCGCCUCGUUCUCCCUACGCCCCUUUGUAUGGUGUCGUCUUCGUGUAUGUCCGUUUUCCUCGCGAAGCCCACCAGCCAAAUGUCAUAAUGUUCCCGAGGUGCACGGGGAAAGGGAGCGGGCCGGCUCUUGGCUUGGCCAAGCAACGGUAAACACCAAGCAGAGUGCGAGUGGACCGGGCUGGCGGUGGGAAAUAAAGUUUAAAGAUGAAGAAGCUGGGAAGAUUUGAUUGAUACCCUCAGUCUCUAGCAGGCUGCAUAUAGAAACGGCGAUUGGGCUGGGUGGUAAAUAGCACUUGUUUAAGCCUGAAUCUACCGACUUUUAAAUGGAGUUGUCAUUCAAGCAAGCACCUGAUCAACUUUCUAGCAGGAGAACGAUCAUGGAGGUGGUGCCAGCUGAGGUGAAUAGUUUGCUUCCAGAGGAGAUAAUGGACACUGGUAUAACUUUAGUGGAUGAUGAUAGUAUUGAGGCUGUUAUUGUUUCGUCCCCAAUUCCCAUGGAGACAGAACUGGAAGAAAUUGUCAACAUAAAUUCUACUGGUGAUUCUACAGCCACGCCCAUUUCCACGGAACCAAUCACAGUGUACAGUAACCACACUAACCAAGUUGCAGUGAAUACCACAAUUACUAAAGCAGAUUCUAAUACCACAGUGAAACCAGCUUUUCCAAGUGGCCUUCAAAAACUUGGUGCUCAGACUCCUGUGACUAUAUCAGCCAAUCAGAUUAUUUUAAACAAAGUAUCGCAGACAUCUGAUCUUAAACUUGGCAAUCAGACCCUUAAACCAGAUGGACAGAAGUUAAUUUUAACAACUUUGGGCAAGUCUGGUUCACCAAUUGUUUUAGCACUACCCCAUAGCCAACUACCCCAGGCUCAGAAAGUUACAACUCAGGCCCAGUCAGGAGAUGCUAAGUUACCACCGCAGCAAAUUAAAGUAGUUACCAUUGGAGGGAGGCCAGAGGUGAAACCUGUCAUUGGUGUCUCAGCAUUGACCCCAGGAAGUCAACUGAUUAAUACUACAACUCAGCCCUCUGUGUUACAGACCCAACAGUUAAAAACAGUACAGAUUGCUAAGAAGUCUCGAACACCAACUUCUGGUCCAGUAAUCACGAAGCUGAUCUUUGCAAAACCAAUUAAUAGUAAAGCAGUUACAGGACAGACAACUCAAGUGUCACCACCAGUCGUUGCAGGUAGGGUUCUUUCACAAUCUACUCCCGGGACUCCAUCAAAGACCAUAACAAUAUCUGAAAGUGGUGUUAUUGGAUCAACUUUAAAUUCUACAACACAGACACCAAAUAAAAUAGCCAUCUCACCUUUGAAAUCGCCAAAUAAGGCAGUGAAAUCGGCUGUGCAGACUAUCACUGUUGGAGGCGUGAGCACAUCACAAUUUAAGACAAUUAUUCCUCUGGCAACUGCUCCCAAUGUCCAGCAGAUUCAAGUGCCUGGAAGCAAGUUUCAUUAUGUCCGACUUGUUACUGCCACAACAGCCAGUAGCUCAACCCAGCCCGUUAGUCAGAAUCCCAGUACAAACACUCAGCCUCUUCAGCAAGCAAAACCAGUGGUGGUUAAUACCACUCCAGUGCGGAUGUCAGUUCCCCUGGUCUCAGCGCAGGCUGUCAAACAAGUUGUUCCAAAACCGAUCAAUCCAACUUCACAAAUAGUUACUACCAGCCAGCCACAGCAGCGGCUCAUCAUGCCGGCCACACCACUACCACAGAUCCAGCCAAACCUCACGAACCUGCCGCCAGGCACCGUGCUGGCACCAGCUCCGGGAACAGGGAAUGUGGGUUACGCAGUGCUUCCAGCUCAGUACGUUACUCAGCUACAGCAGUCUUCAUAUGUGUCUAUAGCAAGCAACUCUAACUUUACCGGAACACCUGGUAUCCAGACCCAGGCAAGGCUUCCAUUCAAUGGCAUAAUCCCAUCCGAGUCCGCCAGUCGGCCCAGAAAGCCCUGUAAUUGUACAAAAUCACUGUGCUUGAAAUUAUAUUGUGAUUGCUUUGCAAAUGGUGAAUUUUGCAACAACUGCAAUUGUACUAAUUGUUACAAUAAUUUGGAACAUGAAAAUGAAAGGCAAAAAGCAAUAAAGGCAUGCCUCGACAGAAAUCCAGAAGCUUUUAAGCCUAAAAUAGGGAAAGGAAAGGAGGGAGAAUCAGAUCGACGUCACAGCAAAGGAUGUAAUUGCAAACGAUCAGGAUGUCUUAAAAACUAUUGUGAAUGCUAUGAGGCAAAAAUAAUGUGUUCCUCGAUAUGCAAAUGUAUUGGCUGUAAGAAUUUUGAAGAAAGCCCAGAAAGAAAGACAUUGAUGCACUUGGCAGAUGCAGCCGAAGUAAGGGUACAGCAACAGACAGCAGCGAAGACUAAGUUAUCCUCUCAAAUUUCGGACUUGCUUACCAGGCCAACACCAGCUUUGAAUAGCGGAGGAGGAAAAUUGCCAUUUACAUUUGUAACUAAGGAAGUAGCAGAAGCCACGUGUAAUUGCCUUCUUGCCCAGGCAGAGCAGGCAGACAAGAAGGGGAAAUCAAAGGCAGCGGCUGAACGGAUGAUACUUGAGGAAUUCGGACGAUGUUUGAUGAGCGUCAUCAACUCUGCAGGAAAAGCAAAAAGUGACCCUUGUGCCAUGAAUUGCUAACUCCUGCACAAAAGACUGAUAAAUGGAACUGUACAGAAGAUUGAAGGUGCAGGGACACUUUAUUUUCUGGAAGAUAGUUUAACAAUUAUUGUAUUGUUAAUUCAGUCCUGUGAGACCUGAGAUUAUAUUGAAAAAAAAAGAAAUUUUAAAUGAGGAAGUUAGUACAUUUUAAAUCUUAGUUAAAUCUGCUUAUGCCCCUUCUAAAUUGAAUUUUUCUUUAUUGUAUUAUAUAGGUUUUUAAUUUGCUUGGGUUUCUUAACAAUUAGAUGUUCUAUCCUUCUGAUUCUAUUGACAAAGAACAUUUAUAAAUUACUAUAAUUUAUAAUGUAUGGCGUUGUAUGACUUUGUUCCAGUAGAAAAAGCCAAAGAAGCAUUGGUAUUACCCAGUCAUUCUUUGGUAUUAGACCUAGAAUAUAAGCAGAUAGAAUGUCUACAUAAACAAAUUCUUAUGAAACAUAUUCAAAUGACAUGUUGUUUAGAAAAGUACUGUCUUCUUAAGAGAAGUCAACUUUCUAGGGAAGAUUCUGGUAUAAUAUCCUAUUGUCACUUUGGGAAUGUCAGAAGGGGAAGUAAUCCGUAGGCACACUUUUAAAAUAAAAACGUUGUUUUUUAAAAAAACAUAUAAAGUGUUACAGGACAGUAAAUAAUUCUCAAAGGAUGGGCAAUGUAUUUCCAUAAUGAGUGACUAAGAAAUGCCCUGGGAUGUUUCCAUUUUCUUUCAAGGAGGUGGUAUGUAUUUGAAAUGAUAAUAAAUUUUCAAAGUGAUUACUGGGUACUAUUAAAAUGAAAGGUGCAUAUGAAUAGAAGUAAACAUAUUAUUAUUAUGUAGCGAUAAUAUAGAACCUUACGUAAUUAUCAGGUAUAAAAUUUGGCUUGGAUAGAGAAUAAAGAAUAUUGAAGCUCUAAGAGAUGAAUUUAGGGAAGGGUUUUUCAUCUUACAACAGUUCUCUUUAUACACUUUUGAACUAAAAGGUUUCAAACCAAUAUAUGACUUUUACUCGAUUUACUGAAAUGGGCCUCCUAACAAAGCUUUCAAAAUUGUAGUGGGAUUUCUGUUUAUAAGGGAAGCUUAAUAUGGCAUUAUUUUUAGCCAGUGAUUUGGUAAGCUGAAUAUAAUUACUAAAAUGACCUAAAUCACUUUCAGUAAUUCAAAAUUCAAAGCUUUAUGAAUUUAAGAGCCUUGUUAUAAUAGGACUCUGGAUUUUAUGACAAGAAAAAACCAUGUUGGAAUUGAGGCAUUUUGUUAGGUACCUUAAUCCUCAGUAAUUAUUAGUAUAUGAUUAUUACAUUUCCUCCGAGGAAUCUAUAGUUGUAUGUAUUAAGUGUGUAUAUAUGUUCAUAUGAACACGUAAGAUAUAGGCAAUAGAAAUUAAGUAAUCCAAAAGAUUCCGUUAUUCAUUAGAGUAUCUUUUGAAAUUUGGAUUUAUAAAAUUAUAGUGCAGUAACUUUAAAUGUAGAUAGUGCAAACAUUCUUAGCACCUCAAUCUAGUAUGUUUAAUUAAAAUUUGUAUAAAUGUAAAUUAGUGUAAGAGGAUAAAAUAAUAUCUAAUCACAUUAUUUUUCAAAAGAUUACAGUACCUUUUAGGUCUAAAUCUAAACUUUGUUCAUUUUGUAAAUAUUCUGUGUUUAAUUCUAAUUGCACCUUUGUGAUGUGUAUUUAUAUACAGUGUGCAGAAAAUGUUUGUGAAAUUUGGAUCACAAUUGUAGAUUAUGUAUGAUGGCAUUGCUUGAGAAUGUUUUGCUUGUAAAAAUUUGAAGGUGCAAUCAAAUGCUACUAGUUUUUCUGAUUUUCAAGAAGCUAUCUAAAGUAUUAA